UUGAGGAGAACUGGGAAAGGAGAAUGAAAAAGAGGUCUAUCAUUAACUAAAGACAAAUGGAAAAAGAGAAGGGGGGAAAACUUGGCAAGUAAAGCCGAAGGCAGCUGCUGCGGAUUGUAAAGGGAGCGUGUUGUAAUCAGCAAAAGUAAAGGUCAAUAACAUCGGAAAACUGAAAGAUUUUCUUCUGCAGCACAGGAAAGACUACAUUAAUGCCUACAGCCAUGUCAUGUCUGAAUAUGUCCGGAUGACGGACACAGAGCGAGACCAGAUUGAUCAAGAUGCCCAGAUAUUCAUGCGAACGUGCGCUGAGGCCAUCCAGCAACUCCGGACAGAAGCCCACAAGGACAUCCAUUCCCCACAAGUGAAGCAGCACCGAGAAGCAGUCUUGGAUUUCAUUGAAGACUACUUAAAAAGGGUGUGUAAGCUGUAUUCCGAACAAAGGGCUAUCCGGGUCAAACGAGUUGUUGAUAAGAAAAGAUUAUCCAGGCUUGAGCCUGAGCAAAGCAAGAAAGUCAGCGUGACCCCUUCUCCUGAAAGCACUGCCCAGCCAGCCUCUGCGGAGCAAGAGGGCCGACUCCUGUGCGAAGAAAACAAAGAUAAGAAUGUGAUAGAAGACCAUGCUAAUUUUGGCCUUUGGGCAGAUGGUAAAGGAGAAGAUGAGCUUUCCCCUGAAGAAAUCCAAAUGUUUGAGCAAGAAAACCAGCGCCUGGUUGGUGAAAUGAACAGCCUAUUUGAUGAAGUCAGACAAAUUGAAGGAAAGGUGGUUGAAAUAUCUAGACUUCAAGAGAUAUUUGCAGAAAAUGUCUUGAAGCAGGAAGCUGAAAUUGAUGAUAUCCAUCAGCUAGUUGUGGGUGCAACAGAGAACAUCAAGGAAGGCAAUGAAGACAUACGAGAGGCCAUCAAGAAUAAUGCCGGAUUUCGUGUGUGGAUCCUCUUCUUCCUGGUGAUGUGCUCCUUUUCUCUGCUGUUCUUGGACUGGUACGGCAGGUAGACCCCCCCCCCC